AAAUCUGUUUUUUAUUUUUUUAGUACAAAACAAUGUACAAUUAUAGUUAAAAUUUGAUGUCAAACUCACAAAAUCAUCAUGGAAGAUUUGGAUGGAUUCCAGAAAUCUCAACUAUUAGUCCAACCUUUCAAAAUACCACUGGGCAAGAACCUAUGGAUAUACAAGAAGCUGGAAAUACAUCUUUCAGUUCAAGGUCCUUCCUUGAUCAAUGUGGCAUUUUUCUCGCUGCUCAUACGGCAUAUGACUUUUCUAAAACGGUAUCUCAACCAUUAGAUACAAUCCAUACAAUAGAUUCUGCCAACGAAAAUGACAGUGAGGAUCCCAGUCAAUAUUUCAUUGCGUUACAAGAGUCUAUCGAUAAUAUUUUGCGAGAGGAGAAACUCAGACGAGAUAAAGCUGCAGCAGAGGAAGAAAAGAAAAAAGAAGAAGAGAAGAAAACAAAACGUUUUCAAAACCAGCAGAAUAAUAAGGGAUUCGUUGUUUCAACGUCCAACAAUGCGUGUGAUAUUAAAGAGCCUCAUUCUAAUGAAUGUACACAAAUUCAUAGUAAUGUAACGCCAAGUCAGCCUUUCACAUCUGUAGUGAAAAAGCCAUCUCGCACACCGAUAAUGUUGGAGUCGUCUUCACCUGUCGUUUCUUCCUCAAAACCCAGUAUAUAUCAAGAAAGUCAAUUGUCUAAAUCUACGCCACUUUCUGUAACACUGGAUGCUAAUCUCGAUCCUUUUAUUCGACGAAAGCUUGAGGAAAAAGAAUGGUGGACAAAUUUUUUAAAUAACGAUUUCGCUGCAGUAAAAUCAGACCCAUCCGUUCAUACAAAGAGAUUAAGAAUUUCAGUGAAAAAAGUCAUCAUGCUAGCAAUUAAUCAACUGGCAGGAACAUCAAGUCAAGUUGAAUCGGUUUUUAAUAAAUUAGCGAAAUUACUUGAAACGAUUUAUCAAAAAGCACAGGAGAACGUAAAGGAUUUACGUUUUUAUCACUAUGCCUUAACAAUUGUUGUUGAAUCGUUAAUGAAUUGCGUCGAAACCCAGGUUGUGUGUAAUCCUCGAUCUGUUUGGGAAUUUGGUCAACUUGUUUCUCGCUUAUGUAUUUUCGAAAAAUUCGAAUAUUUUUUCGAGUGUUUCUUACUGCACCGAUGUCAUUUUGUUGUUCCGUUACCAGAAGAUUUGACAUCACAUCAAAAUAUCAAAAAUCAAUCGUUACCAUUUUUGGAUCGUUUAGUAGCAUAUCUCCGACUUUGGCUCGUCUUUCUAGUUGUAACCCAACGUACGGUUCCACGUUUGCUUUUCUUUUUUUUUUGUUGA